AUGUUCGUUCUACCAUUUGCAUUAAGGUGGAAGAAGCAUCUGCGCUACCAUUUAGACUUGCACCUCGGCCGCCACAACGACGCAGUUGAAACCGCAUCCUUCAGCCACAGCAAGGGUCCGGCCACUGGUCACUUGUUCGGAGCUCAGGCGACUCGUCUGGCGCAUCUCAACACCAAGACACACAAUGACACGGUCUCAAUAGAGAAGUAUCACCAUGUUCUCCUCUUCAGGGAGUGGGAAGAAGCCCUCGCAACAGGUAUGCUCCCCCAAACCCCUGCCCGGGCCUGUCAUCGCAUGCUAAUUGCCCCGCAGCAGGAGAUGGUCCAAGUCGACCGCUCAGAUUCUGCAUCGCCAUUUUGGAAGCCGCCCCCACGUGAGAACGCAUCGAAAAGAACCGGUCGCGACCCGAACCUGGUUGUCGGAGCAGCCUACUCUCAUGCCGAUAUUCUCAAAUUCGAUUCACUCAACUUGUCCAGCUCCUCCUCCAGACCGAAGACGCCUCCUUCCUCACACUCUACCAAAGGCCGGCCUAGCGAUGCCUCUCCCCCCUCGCGCCCACAGUCGGGCCUGUCGUCCCCUCCGAUCAAAAGUUAUAUCAAUUUCCUUUCCAACACCAACGAUGACUGGAAAGCCGACGAGGAUGAGGAGGACAUGAUGGGGUACGAGGACGAUGAUGGUGACGACUUCGGCCUGCCAAGCCUGUCUAACUUGAAGCGACGAACACGCAAGAAAGCCGCGCAAAAUAGGUCAGAUCCCAACGGAGGUCUGUCGCCCUUGAACGACUCGUUCGGUUUAGGGUUACACACGAGGAGAUACUCGAAUAGUGCGGACAUUGCGAUCGAAAGACCUGCGCCAACCUAUCCCAUGCCGAAGAAAAGCGAGGGCAAAAUCUUGCGUCCACAGUAUAAAGAAAUUUUGAGGGACCCGGCGAACGCGCUGCACCUAAUCGAUCACCCAGUCAUACCCGACGAUGCAACACCAAAAGAGAUUGAUGCUGCGAAUUCACGAAUUACUCGUAUCAACAAGUUCAAGAAGCUCCUACAGGCCUCAACAAUACCGCUACAGGAACUUCGGCAACUAGCUUGGUCCGGCGUUCCCCAGGAGGUUCGUGCUAUGACAUGGCAACUCCUGUUGAGCUACCUACCGACCAACAGCGAGAGGAGAGUCGCAACUCUAGAAAGAAAACGUAAAGAGUAUCUCGAUGGCGUUAGGCAGGCUUUCGAACGCGGCAGCAGUAGUGGGGGAGGUGGCACCACCCCGGCGGCACCCGGAAAAGCCAGAGGUUUAGACGAGGCAAUUUGGCAUCAGAUCAGUAUCGACGUUCCAAGAACGAACCCUCACAUCGAACUUUACUCGUACGAAGCGACGCAGAGAUCUCUGGAACGAAUCCUGUACUUAUGGGCAGUGCGACACCCUGCCAGCGGCUACGUCCAGGGCAUCAAUGACUUGGUAACGCCGUUUUGGCAGGUUUUCUUGAGCACAUACGUCGCAGACUCCGAUAUUGAAUCGGGCAUGGACCCUGGUCAGCUGCCAAAAUCGGUUCUUGACGCUGUAGAAGCAGAUUCAUUCUGGUGCUUGACAAAGCUGCUAGACGGUAUACAAGACCACUACAUUGUGGCCCAGCCAGGCAUUCAGAGGCAGGUUGCGGCCCUCCGCGAUCUCACCGCAAGGAUUGAUGCAGGGCUGGCGAAGCACCUCGAAAAGGAGCACGUCGAGUUCAUUCAAUUCAGCUUCCGAUGGAUGAACUGUCUCUUGAUGAGAGAGAUAAGUGUAAGGAAUACGAUCAGGAUGUGGGACACGUACUUGGCCGAAGAACAAGGCUUUUCGGAGUUUCAUUUAUACGUGUGCGCGGCUUUCCUGGUCAAGUGGUCAGACAAGCUUGUCAAGAUGGAUUUUCAGGAAAUAAUGAUGUUUUUGCAAAGCUUACCAACAAAAUCUUGGACGGAGAAGGACAUUGAGCUGUUACUGAGCGAGGCUUUCAUCUGGCAGAGCCUCUUCAAAGGCUCUUCCUUCUCCAACCAGAUGUUUGCGGUUCAAGCGUACGGCGAUUGCCAAGGCAAACCUGUAAUCAAGGCAUUGGCAGCGACACCCUGCUGGCCUAUCCCGGAAUUGAUCCAUGGGAUUGAUGCAACCUACAGUGCAAAGCACAGUGAAGAAGCCCAGCACGCACCCGCCAUUUUGAUUGGGUUUAACUCGUUUUACGUGCUGAACGGAAGCUAUCCCUGCAGCUUCGCUGCCAAUUCUCUUUUCGCAAUUGCCUUUCUUACCUCGUUCAUCCUCAACAUCAACCCCAUUCCCACAAUGGCCGACGCACCCGAACAGCCUACGAUCGCCGCAGAGGUCCCCAUCGCAGAGGCCCCUGUCGCAGUGGCCCCCGUCGCCGAGGCCCCAGCUGUGGAGGCUGUCGCAAAUCCAGAGAUCAAGCAGGAUGCGCCCGCGCCGACACAACAGGACACGCCAGCCACGAUCGGUGAAGAGUCUGAGGAGGACGUCAACUCCAAGAAGGUCACCCUCGCCGACCUGACUGCCAAGGGAACCGCUCUGUACGCAAAGAAGCAGUACGAGGAAGCUACCGACUGCUUUACGAAGGCUGCGGAGCUGCAAGAUGAGAUCAAUGGCGAAAUGCAACCUGCGAAUGCUGAGAUUCUCUUCCUCUACGGUCGCAGUGUGUUCAAGGUUGGCCAGAGCAAGAGCGACGUCCUCGGGGGUAAGGCCGCUGGUGAGAAGAAGGCGGCCAAACCCAAGUCCAAGGUCCCGAAGAAGACCACUGCCGAGCCCAUGUCGACCAAGGCGCCAGCCGAAACCGAGGCGCAGAGAAUAACUGAGGAGGGUGUUGCGAUUGUUGCAAGUGAGACGAGCGGAGCGAAGCCCGAGGAGACUGUCGAGGAGAAGAAGCCCUUGUUCCAAUUCACUGGCGAAGAAAACUUCGAGGACGACUCGGAUGAGGAGGAGGCCGAGGGUGACGAAGAAGACGAGGAGGAAGAUGACGAUCUCGCUGUUGCGUUCGGCGUGCUCGACAUGGCUCGCAUUCUCUACAGCAGACAGUUGGAAGAGUUGGAGAAGGUGGAGCCUAAUGGCAAAGCACAAGAGCAAGUCGAUGGCGAGAAGCUCAGCAUCAAGCAUGUCAAGGAGCGCCUUGCGGAUACCCAUGAUCUUCUUGCCGAGAUUUCCCUAGAGAAUGAGAGAUACCCCGACGCCAUUGAGGACUCGCGCAAGUCUUUGAAGUACAAGAAGGAGCUGUACAGCGAGGAUUCGGAAGUUAUUGCCGAGGCGCACUUCAAGCUUUCGUUGGCGCUUGAGUUCUCAUCCGUAACAACCACUCAGGAGGAGGGUGAGCAAGGAGAGAGCAAGCCUUUCGACGAGAAGCUUCGCGAGGAGGCCGCAAAUGAGCUGGAAGCAGCCAUCAACAGCACCAAGCUCAAGCUCCAGAACAAGGAAGUUGAACUCGCGACCAUGGCAUCUCCGGAAGACAAUGAGGUCACCCGAGCUACGAUUACCGACGUCAAGGACAUGAUUGCGGAUAUGGAGCAGCGCCUCGUGGAACUUCGUAAGCCACCAAUUGACGUCAACGCUGCUCUCGGUGGUGAAGGCUUGGGCGGAAUUCUUGGAGCGGCUAUUGGUGAAUCUGCGGCUCAAACACAAGCUCGCGUCGAGGAAGCCAAGAAGACUGCUACCGAUCUUACUGGCCUUGUACGCAAGAAGGCCAAGGAGGAGCCCAAGCCCGAAGAAACCCAGGCAAACGGUGCAGAAUCCAAUGGCACGAAGCGCAAGGCCGAAGAGCCUGCGGAGGAAGAUGACUCAUCGAAAAAGACCAAGCUAGCGCUCUGGAAGGCAAAGGAGAACAUCUUGCGCUUCACCACGGUAGGUCGAGGUAUCGGUAAAGGCAGGCGCGAAAGACCCCUUGCGUUUGACCGCCUCAGCCCCGCCCCCGCCAAAGAACCCCACCACCAUCCAGCAGCGACAAUUUACCACCCUCCAAAGUCGCUCCUGAGUCACCUCGAGAGAGUCACGCCGACGCAGCUGCAAACCAUCCGCAGUCCCAAGGAACGUUUCGCCCCGCCAAACUCCCUUCUACCCCCACCAAAAGCUACAAUCAUGCUCGACCUCCAAGAUUUCAUCAAGGAGCGCGGUGGUGACCCUGAGAAGAUCCGCGACUCCCAGCGCCGUCGCCAUGCACCCGUCGAGAUUGUCGACGAGGUUAUCGCUCUGUGGGAUGACCACCGCAAGACCCAAUACUCUGCGACGCAGAUCGGAAGCGAGAUCAACGCUGUGCAGAAGGAGAUUGGUAUGAAGAAGAAGAACAAGGAGAACGCCGACGACCUGCUCAAGAAGAAGGAGGAUCUCCAGAAGCAGAAGAAGGACAAGGAGGAUGAGGCGACAGCGAAGCUCGUCACGCUCAACGCCAAGGCCAAGAGCAUCGGAAACUACGUUCAUGAGUCCGUUCCCAUCAGCGACAACGAAGACAACAACGUCACGGAGCGCGAAUGGAAGCCCGAGGCCGGACUCGGUGCCAAGACUGAGCAGACGCUUAGCCACCACCAGAUUGUUACCAGACUCGCAGGCUACGACCCUGAGCGUGCUAUCAAGCUUGUCGGUCACAGAGGAUACUGCUUGACCGGCUACGGACUGUUCCUGAACCAGGCGCUCAUCAACUACGGUCUUGAGUUCCUCUUCAACAAGGGAUACACUCCUAACCAGCCUCCCUUCUUUAUGAACCGCAACCAGAUGGCCAAGACCGCCCAGCUUGAGGAUUUCGACGAGGAGCUGUACAAGGUUACGGGUGAUGGUGAAGAGAAGUAUCUCAUUGCUACCAGUGAGCAGCCCCUCUCCGCACUUCACAGCGAGGAGUGGAUCCAGGGCGGUCAGCUGCCCAUCAAGUACGCCGGUUACAGCACAUGUUUCCGCAAGGAGGCCGGCAAGCACGGCAAGGAGGCCUGGGGCCUGUUCCGUGUGCACCAGUUCGAGAAGAUUGAGCAGUUCAUCUUCUGCAAGCCCGAAGACAGCUGGAAGCACUUUGACGAGAUGAUUGCCGCUUCUGAGGAGUUCUACAAGAGCUUGGGUCUUCCCUACCGGGUUGUUUCCAUCGUCUCUGGUGCUCUGAACAACGCCGCCGCUAAGAAGUACGAUUUGGAGGCUUGGUUCCCCUUCCAGCAGGAGUACAAGGAGCUUGUGUCUUGCUCCAACUGCACGGAUUACCAGACCCGCGAGCUCGAGGUCCGUUACGGUGUCAAGAAGGCCAAGGAGGCGCCCGGUGGUGGCCGCAAGGAGUACGUCCACGCUCUCAACGCUACCCUCUGCGCUACCGAGAGAACCCUCUGCUGCAUCAUGGAGAACUACCAGACGCCCGAUGGCUUCAAGGUCCCCGAAGUGUUGCGCAAGUACAUCCCCGGUCAGCCUGAGUUCCUGCCCUACGUGGCCGAGCUCCCCAAGGAGAUCACUGUCGUUGCUGGCCAGAAGAAGAAAUAG